AUGCUUAGUUCUUGGCUGGCUUCAAGAUUAAAACUAAAGUGCGAUAAAAAGCUUCCUUGCAGUUCAUGCGUUCGUCGCGGCUGCCCCUCAAUAUGUCCGAACGGAAGUUUGUCGACGGGCCAAGGAACUAGUCACGGGAAAAGAUUUGUUCUGGCAGAUACGACUCAACUUCAUGCUAAAAUUGCUGAAAUGGGUCAGCGUAUCCGGCAGCUCGAGGACGCUUUGACCAUAUUCCAAUCCGGCGUCUCCAACGAAUGCCACCCACUUCUGCGGGAAGAGUUGCUGUCCAUAAAGUUCGGACCUGAAAAAGGAUACGUUCCGGAGAGAGAACAGCAGUCCAUGAGGAAGCCAUCUGUUGAGUCGACAAUUGAUGCCCUUGGUACGAUGACCAUUGGCGAUCAAGGAGACGCCAAAUAUUUUGGGCCUUCAGCAGGAUCAGAGACUUUGUUCUUGGCAGGCGCCGAGCUGGAAGAAUCCACAGAAGAGGACUACUAUUCGCCCGUUUCAAUGGAGAUUGCUAGGCUCUCGGCAGCAUUCCCAUUCGGGGCGGACGGAAAUAUGGAAAAGGGGUUAGACCUGCUUUUUGAGUAUCUACCCAGUCAACCUCGGGCUUGGUCGCUGUGCGAAACAUACAUGGAGCAAGCUGCCUGGUCGUUUCGACCCAUCAAAAGAGAUGAGAUCAUUGAUGACAUCCUUUCCCCUGUCUACAAAAUUGUCAAGGAAAAGCAGUUUCUGGGUUCAACUAAUGACGGCGCGAUCUCACCGCAUCGCCUGGCAGUUCUCUUUCUUGUUUUCGCCUUGGGCGCCUUGGUCGAUCUAACCUUGGAACCACAGAGCAAUGAGGCUGAGAAUUAUUACCAUCUGAGUUGUGCUUGCCUAUCUUUACGCUCCGUCUUCGACUCCCCAGAAAUAGCCACCGUCCAGGCUGUUUUGUUGAUGGCAGCGUACCAUGGUAUGGCAGGGAAGAGGUAUACCAUGGACAGUUCUUGGUCGCUUAUAUCUCUGGGGGCCAAAUUGGCGCAAAGCGUGAGCCAGUUUCAUCAUUUCAUCCAGCUUCUUCGAAUGGCUGACGUCGUCGGAUUUCAUAACCAGCUCGGUCUUCAUCGUGACAGCGCGAGAUGGAAUAUGGAUUCGAAGACUGUGGAACGUCGGAGAGGACUUUUCUGGGAACUCUUUUCGGGAGAACAGUUUUAUAAUCUUGCUUUAGGUCGACCUCCCUCAGUGCGGCUGUCGUACAUCGAUUGCGAAUUCCCGUUGGACGAAGAAGCCACUCUUGAUGCGGAAGGCAAUUCUCUGAAAGGCUAUUAUCAAUGGAAAUACGAAUUUACAAAAGAUAUAUUUGCCUCGGUUAUAGAACUUACUCUUACCGCGGAGGCUCCUCAAUAUCAAACUAUCCUAGAACUUGAUCGAAAAGUUCGCGAAAAAACUCUACCACAGCACCUCAAUGUGUUCAUAAGUCCUGAGGACGAACACUGCACACCUUCCAUCUACAUGAAGAAGUGUCUUUUAGGCCAGUACCGCUCUAUCAGUAAGUGUGCCCCAAACGAACUGGUUAAGCAUUCAACGCUGAAGAAACGAAAAGCGUUAUUAUACCUUCACAGGAGUUUUUUCGCCCAAGCGAUGUUAGAUCACCCCACCAACCCUCUCCGAAGUCCCUAUGCGCCCUCAUUUCUGGCAGCUUACCGUUGUGCUUCGGGCGUGAUAAAAUCCAGUCUAAAUCAUUACGAUAGAUUCCCAGAAUUAUGCGGAAGGUGGUGGGGAAUCUGGACACAUCUAUUUUCGGCUGCUAUCAUCGUUGGCUGCAUUGUUACACGGUCACCUUCCUCGAGCAUGGCACCCAGUGCAUUUAUUGAAUUGGGCCUUGCAUGCGAUCUCUUUGAAAAGGGCGCAAUGCAUUCCCGGCGCGCGCGUAGUGGCCUGGCAAUAUUGUACAAGAUGCGAGAAAAAGCUUUUCACGUCUACUCUCAGUUCCGGAGUGGUAGCACACCCGUCCCUGGUAUCUUGUCGGUCGGAAAGCCGGACUAUGGAGAUGACGAGCUGGCUUUAUUUGGGGGACAAACGCGGGUGCUAGUCAGUAAACUCCUCACCAGCAGAUCUGGUCACAAGAAGAAAUCUCUGGGUCCCAGCUCCCCCUCGUCUGAUGAUUUCAAAGGAGUACAUGAAACUACGCCAGAUGUACAUCCGUCUCUUGUGGAGUAUCUGUCUCUCUUUCCGCCCCAGAACAUGUCCGUAUCAACCCCUUCAGACGGAAGCGCAGGAACUCCCAAUCUACACGCUUCCCCCGAGUUGAUCAACCAGCCAAUGCACAACGCAGGGGACACAUGUCAGGCUCAGCUGGAACCAGUGAUGGAACAAGACCAACAGAAAGCCUGGCAAACCUGGCAACCUUCACCGUCGAUUUUUACACCGCUAUCCCCUGGCACAUACCAACACAUAUCAUCAAGAUUCUCUACGUCUGUCCCUUCCUACGCUGGGCCUGACCCAAUCCCGAAUCCGAAUUACAACGGCCUGGAUUUUAAAACAGAUCCGUCUGAGGUGGGAGACCUUGGGAUGAUGAUAACAGGGGAGUCGGGGAUGGACGAGCAGUGGAUGUCGUUUAUCCGUGAGUCAGGUUUUUUAGAUGGAACUUCAUACGGUGCUCCUAUGAUCAACGAGGGCUACCAGCAUUGA